ACAUGCCAGGAAACUCUAUACUCUUGGGCCCCAGGUCACAGCUUCCAGCUGCCUCAAACAAACAGGACUUCUGAAGGAGGAAGCGGGUCUCCAGAGCCCACUGGCAGGGGGACUACUUCUGGGAGAAAGGCGGAAGCACAGGAGAGGACUCAGCCACCAACCAGGUGCCAACCAGAACCGCUGGUGUUCGCCUGGCUCCCUUGGCAGUCAUACAGAUUCUCCUCCAGUCCGGGAUUAUGUUUAUCUGCGACCAUGCUCCUACUAGCUCCUCGCCUCCUGCCCCUCCUGCUGGUGAUAGGCACAGGGCGCUCUGUGUCCAGCCCCCAGACACUGCCCCAAGGCUGCUACAUAGCAGAAGAAGCCGGAGAACAGACAUUCCGCUGCAGCCGGGCUGGCCUGAGUGCCGUGCCCAGCGGUAUCCCCAACGACACCCGAAAGCUUUACCUGGAUGCCAACCAGCUGGCAUCAGUGCCAGCUGGCGCCUUCCAGCACCUGCCGGCCCUGGAGGAAUUAGACCUGUCUCAUAACGUCCUUGUUCAUCUCUCAGGGGCUGCUUUUCAGGGCCUGGAGGCCACUCUGCGCCACCUCGACCUCUCUGCCAACCAGCUAGCAUCUGUGCCUGUGGCAGCCUUCGUGGGGCUGCAGAUCCAAGUGAACCUGUCCGCCAACCCAUGGCGCUGCGACUGUGCCCUACAGGAAGUGCUCAGGCACGUGAGGUUAGCCCCAGGCUCGGGGACAGGCAUUGUGUGUGGUCCAGAAGCCCGACCAGAUCUCGUGGGACACGAGUUCCUUCUGCUCACCGGGGAGGAAGAGUUGUGUGGGACCGGGCGAGGUGGGACCCGAAGGAGCACGGACGUGGCCCUGUUAGUCACCAUGGGGGGCUGGCUGACACUGGUAGUGGCUUAUCUGAUCCACUAUGUGUGGCAGAACCGGGAUGAGACGCGGCACCCGGUCAAGCGGGCUCCUCCCGUGCAGCCUGUGCGCUCAGAGGAUUCCUCUACGCUCAGCACAGUGCUCUGAAGACCGGAAGCACUCCAAGCUCUUGGCCCUGUGCCCCAGCCUUUCAUCUGUCCCAUGUCCUCUCUCUAUACCAGCGGUUCUCAAACGGGGGAUGGGGUGGGGGGUGCAAUGACCCUUUCACAGGGGUCACCUAUUAGAUAUCCUGCAUAUCAAAUAUUUACAAUACAAUUCAUAUCAGCUCCAAAAUUAUAAUUAUGAAGAAGCAACGAAACUAAUUUUAUGGUUGGGGGAUCACAACAAGUGUUGAAGGGCUGCAGCGUUAGGAAGGUUGAGAAUUGCUGUUCUAUCUCUUCCUGCAUCCCCAAACACCUUCUGUGGUGCUCGCGCUCGCUCUGGCGCUCUCUCUCUCUCUCUCUCUCUCUCUCUCUCUCUCUCUCUCUCUCUCCCUCCCUCUCCCUCCCUCCCUCCCUCCUUCCGUCCCUCCCUCCAUCAUUCUCUGGAACACUUUGGUGUCUGGAUUUGAGGGUACCUCCUAUACUGAGAUUGUGCUAAACUCAGAGAAUCCUAAGUUCCCGAAUCCACGGGGCAGAGGUGGGGGCGGCAGAAGGGACAGUCAUCUGGGUGUGCAGCAGCUCAGAGGGAGAAGCCAGUGGCUAUAGGAGGCUGCAGGUGACCACAGAGGCCUCGCCAUACAGAUGUGUGUAAUGACCCCAAAAUAAUGAUGGCUUUGGGGGGUUAGGGAGAUGCUUCAUGAUAAAGUGUCUGUCCUGCAAGCAGGAGGACCUGAGCUCAGAUCUCUAGUCUCCACUUAAAGUCUGGGCGUACGUAGGGUGGGUGUCUGCAAACCCAGUGCUGGGGUAGAGGCAAACAGAUCCUAGAGCUCAUUGGCUGGUCAGACUAAUCAGAUCAAUACUCUCCAGGUUUGGUGGGCCACUGGAGGCUGAAAGAAUGGGGAGAGAGCUGAUGAAUAAUGUGUACACGUGCGUGCAUGCUCUCAUGCUCUCUCUCUCUCUCUCUCUCUCUCUCACACACACACACACACACACACACACACACACACACACACACACACACACACACACAGAGCCACCCAGAAUGAGGGCUUUGGGAAGAAGAGGCAGAAAAGAAAGGACGCUAUGAGAAGAUGUGGAACAUGUGGGUGGCCACGGGACCAGCCUUGCCAGUGGGAGGGAGGGUGUGGAGAAGUCGAGGGAUGGUGGAAGCAAUAUGAGGUGAGAACAGAAAGCAAGGGUGCGGCCAUAUUGAGAAGGGCCUCUGGGCUCUUCCUCUGCUCCCUCUACUUCUCCUCCAUCUCGCUUCUCACCUCCCAAACUCUUCUCCCUGUGUCCCCUAUCAAGGACUUCUAUCAAGGUCCCCUACUUCCUUUCCUAAAAUUUCCCCAUCCUCCUGCCCUCUCCUUUGUACAUUGGCAGUUUCCCUGAGCCCUUUCCCCUGGAGGAAAGAUGACCCCAUUUAGAGAUUGAACUGGAUAUGGAUGACAACAAUUUGGGGGUUGAGCAGAAACCCCAGAGUAUCAUUGAACAAAUGAGUAAAAAAAAGAAAAAAAAACCUUUCA